CCAGUCCCACGCUCAUUGGGCACUAACAGCAAAGUUGAUUAUCACAGGAUUUCAUCCCGCGUGUCUGAAGCCGUAACAGCUUGUAUCGGAACUGAGUAGCGGAAAGAAAGGAUAAACCAAGCAAUCAGGGUUGGAUAGCGUAUUCAUUGUUUAGCAACAUGGAUGAACGUACAUGUCUUGUGCAUAAGGCGAGGAUCGCCGAGCAAGGCGAACGUUAUGAUGACAUGUCGAAAGCGAUGAAGGCAGCGACUGAAAAAAACGCUAAUCUCACGGAAGAGGAGCGCAACUUACUGUCAGUGGCGUACAAAAAUGUGGUCUGCGCAAGGCGAUCUUCUUUUCGGGUGAUUUCCAGUAUAUAUUCGAAGAGCAGUCAGACGAGCAACGAUAGGCACCUGAAACUGUGUUGUAAAUAUCGUGAAAAAAUACAGAAGGAACUGAACGAAUUGUGCAAUACUGUGUUGGAUUUACUUGACAAAUAUCUUAUACCAAGAGCCACGGCUUCCGAUGAUUCAACCGUGUUUUAUUUGAAGAUGAAAGGGGAUUAUUAUCGAUAUCUAGCCGAAGUAGCUGAUUCUGAUGACAGACAAGAGCACGUAACCAACGCAACAAAAGCUUAUAACAAGGCAUAUGACAUCAGUGCCACUAAAAUGGUUCCAUCUCACCCAAUACGGCUUGGAUUGGCGCUUAAUUUCUCAGUAUUUCAUUACGAAAUUCUGUGUGACCACGAGGCUGCAUGUAAACUUGGGAAGGAAGCAUUCGAAGAAGCAGUUAAUGACAAGGACGCAUCGGAAGAUAGUAUGUUAAUUUUACAAUUACUCAGGGAUAACUUAACUUUAUGGACAUCCGAUGCAGAUGAUUACGACAUUGAAGAAGAUUAUUAGAUCCAAAUCGUAUAUAAAAACAGAAUUGUUCAAAUGACAAUAACGACGGGGAAAAAUCGGUUCAUUAAUAAUUCCAUUUUAUAUUCACCACAUUGUUCAAUUUUAUUCAGUAUUUGAGGCUUAUUGAAAUGCUAUUUUUACGAUAGAAAAAUAUAAUUACUAUAUAUUAA